AUGGCUCGCCUCUCGAAUCCGUUCGCUUUCACGCCGCUUCCCGUCAUCUUCCUCGUGACGGGAACAUACAUCGCACUUUUUGCUGCCCUGCUCACGGUCCAUCUCACAGUACCGAAUGUUCCUUACAAGACCCCGGCAGGAACAAAUUUGACACAGGCUUGGAUCGAUCUGGAGCACAUAACGCGGCGAUAUCAUCCAUACAACAGCCAUGCCAACGAUGACGUACGGAAGUACCUCUUAUCACGCGUCAAGGAUAUUGUGGCAUCCAGGAACCUCGACAGCGACCGCGUUGAAAUUAUUGAUGACAACGUAUCGAACGCAACGUUUUCAGCUGGCAACACCACUGUUUACUUCGAAGGGACUAAUAUCAUCGUCGCAAUUCGAGGGUCGUACGAUAAGGAGCCCUUUUACUCGCCCAACGGAGAUCCAUUGACAAGUACCCGUGCUUCCAAAAAUGGUGGCGUGCUCGUCAACGCCCACUACGACUCUGUCAGUACCGGCUACGGAGCGACCGAUGAUGGAGUUGGCGUUGUAUCUGUGUUGCAAUUGCUUUCGUACUUCAUCGAGCCCACGAACAGGCCGCACCGGACGGUAGUCCUACUAUUGAACAAUGGCGAAGAGGACUUUUUGAAUGGAGCCAAGGCCUUCAUGCGCCACCCGAUCUCUCAACUUCCGCAUACCUUCCUCAAUCUCGAAGGCGCAGGAGCAGGUGGUCGAGCGACGCUGUUCCGGAGCACAGAUGCAGAAGUCACCAGUUUCUACAAGGCAGCCAAACACCCGUUCGGCACUGUCGUCAGUGGUGACGGGUUCAAGCAGGGCUUUGUUCGUAGCCAGACUGAUUAUGUCGUCUUCAACGGGGAGCUUGGACUCCGUGGGCUUGAUGUGGCUUUCAUGGAACCGCGGGCGCGGUACCAUACGAUCGAGGACUCCACACGGGAAACUUCACUGAAUUCAAUCUGGCAUAUGUUAUCUGCUUCCAUUGCUACCACUUCCGGACUGGCCUCAGAUACGAGUGAUCGAUUCAGCGGGACAGAUGAGGAUCGCAAGAAGGGCAAGGUCAACGCUGGAACUGGCUCCGACGCCGUCUGGUUCGAUCUGUUUGGAAAGGCCUUUGUGUUGCUGCGGUUGCACACUCUGUUCGCUCUGUGCGUAACAUUGCUCGUUGUCGCUCCCAUCGCUCUAAUCGGACUGACUAUUGCACUCUCUAAAACUGACAAGCAAUACCUGUUUGCACUCAAGAAAUAUGUGCACUCCUCUGAUGAUGACGAGCCAGUGCGUUUGUACGGCUGGCAUGGCUUCUUCCGGUUUCCCAUCAGCUUUGUCGUGGCUACGGCAGCUGUCAUCGGUCUGGCUUAUCUUCUCCAGAGGGUCAAUCCGUAUAUCAUCUACAGCAGUCCCUAUGCAGUAUGGAGCAUGAUGCUCUCGGCAUGGUUCUUUUUCGCAUGGUUUUUGCUUCGUGGAGCAAGUGCAAUGCGUCCUUCAGCACUGCAACGCCACUACGCUCUAUUAUGGACGUUUGUUGGGAAUUUUGCACUACUCGUGUUCGUCACGGUUCUUGCUGAGAAAUACCAGCUUGCUGGCGGUUAUUUUGUGCUGUUCGGCUUUGCCGGGACAUUCUUCGCACUGCUCCUAUCAUACAUCGAGCUGUUCUUCCUCCCUAAGAAAUCUGCUUAUGCAGCUCACUUCGAUCAAGCCGGAGAACCAAACCACGAUCGAGAAUCGAAUAGCAGGCCACUGUCUGGCACCACCAACGGUACGCGAUCAGAAGAACAACUUCCGGAGGACGACGAUGCGACGGAGACUACAUCGCUUUUGCGCAACGAUCGAACAAGCUUCCGAAGAAAUUAUGGAAGCCGGCGACAAUCUGUUGGCGACGGUGCAGAGACUGAUGACCAUCAUGCGUCGUCAGACCUCGGUAGCCCAUAUGAAGGAGAGCAGGAGUGGAGCGGCAAACUCCCCAGCUGGCUUUGGCUCAUCCAGUUCCUACUCACAGUGCCCAUAACCGUGAUUCUUGUCGGCCAGAUCGCACUCAUACUGACAUCCGCCAUGUACCAGACUCCAGCAGAUGGCAACUCGACUCUUUUGAUCUACAUCUUGUUCGCAGCCUUGACCGCGAUCCUUGCUGCCCCGGCAGGGCCUUUCAUUCACCGCUUCACGUACCAUAUCCCGACUUUCCUAUUGUUCGUUUGCAUUGGCACGGUCAUAUAUAACCUCGUCGCAUUUCCGUUCUCUCGCGAUCACAAGCUGAAGGUGUACUUCCAGCAGCAGGUUGAUCUCGAUACUGGAGCGAAUACAGUAUCCUUGACUGGCGUCGACGGGUUCGUGCAAGACAUCAUCAAGGAGAUACCCAGCGCACAGGGCAAGGAUCUUAACUGCACGACACCUGACGUUGCGACUCGCAAGGAGCUUACCAAAUGUUCUUGGGCUGGCUUGCCGGCCCAUGUGGUGCCCAAUCUAUCGCCAUACAGCAACCACACCAAACCUACGUCAUGGUUGGACUACUCGUUGCAGAAAGGCAAACAUGCUAAUGAAGCCACAAUUCGUGUGGUCGGACAGAACACCAGAGCCUGCAAAUUACUGCUGGACACGCCGGUCGUUGAUUUGGGGGUCGCUGGCGUUGGCGCGGUUUCAGACCCCCGCUUCAAUGCGACCGGCGAACAUGGGACCCGUGAGCUGCGCCUUUGGCAUCGUGAAUGGUCACAGCCCUGGAACGUUAGCGUGACUUGGAAUGACGACGCGAAUUCGACGUUUUCUGGAAGGGUCGUCUGUUUGUGGUCCGAUGCGAAUGCAGGCGGCAUUCCGGCGUUCGAAGAGUUGCAGCAUUAUCUGCCUGUAUGGGCCAUCGCGACGAAGAUUGCCGACGGCCUGGUCGAAGGGUCCAAACGUUUCAAGCUCUAA